CUCACUUCGGCCCGGAGAGAAAAAAAGUGCGGCGCAUGGAAUGGUAGCCUCGAGUCAGCUAGCCAAGGCAUUAAGCACAAGAUAUAUCCCUCCUCUUCCUCCACCGAAACCUUUUCGUUCUUCCUCCCACAUUCCUCUGCAGAAUACCAUAGCUGUCGCCGUUGACUGAGUUUUCCCUUUCCUCUCCUUUCUUGUCUUCUAAGUUCUGCUUCGUCCCUCCCUCUCUUUUUCCUCAUUUUCUCGCUCUCAAAUCGAGUGUGCGAAGGUCCUUUGUCCUUGCUUGAUCUAUUCUAUCAACGCCAACGCAAUGGUCCAGCUCGUCAAGGAGGACAAAGAAGCUAACGCUUCAGCUUCAGGCGAGGAGGAAGAGAAGAACAAGAAGAAGAAGGAAAAGUCUAGUCUGCCGCGAACUUUUCUUAACGCGACAACGGAAGAAGGUUUGAAGCUAUUGGGUCAAUAUGUUGUCUUGAUAUCCAACCACCAAACUGAAGCAGGCCCUGCCAUCAUUGCACUAUUGCUUGAAAAGACAAAGUCCUAUAUUGCUGAGAACUUGAUCUAUGUAGCAGGGGAUGGAGUUGUAACAGAUCCUCUUUGUUAGCCAUUCACCAUAG